AUGCAGCUGGCCUGGGGGCUAGUUGUCCUGUUCUCCAGUCUUCCCACCUUGGUGGGCGCCUGGAGUUCAACCCAAAGUUCUCUGGCAGUGGCAGCUGGGCCUCUCACCAACGACUUGGUGAAGGGCUUGCUCCGGCGGGCGGGCCAGGCGGACCUCGGCCCCACUGUGGUCGACUUGGGUGCCCGUGUGUGCCGCCAACCCUUCUCUGCUCUCUUGCCGGGUUAUUUUGCCAGCCUGCGUGCCCGCGGGGUAACCCACUAUAAGGUCCUCCUGCCAUGGGCACUCCUGCUCCCGGAAGGCAGCUCCGAGAAGCCUGAGAAGGACCUGGUGUGGUGCUAUAGGAAACUGCUCCAGGUGCUGAAGGCAGCCCACCUCCAGCCCCUGGCUGUCCUUCACCACGGGGCCUUCCCUCAGCACGGGACCUGGAGGGGUCGCCACGGGGCUCAACUCUUCGCCAACUAUGCUGCCUUCGCCUUCCGCACCUUUGGGGACCUGGUCGGAGUUUGGCUCACCUUCAACGACUUGGUUGGGGAGUUGGGGGAGUCCCAACCUGCACAACUCUGGGCUGCCACCUGGGCCCACAGAAAAGUGUACGAGCUCUACCACAAGGAGUUCAGUUCCCAAGGUGGGAAACUCUCCGUGGGGCUCAGAAUCGAAGAUCUCCCUGGACAGCAGUCAGGAUCCUCCCAGACUGCUCUUAUUCUCAAGGACUCAGUGGAUUUCCUCUCUCUCAACCUGCAAUAUGACUGCGAGAGCGAAGUGGGCACAUCCCAGGUGCUGCCAGAAUUACAGGCAAUUGCUCCUAAAAUGGAAGUUUUCAUCUUCAACUUAAAGUUCCAUGGCUGUGGCUCUGGGAGGGAGAAGCCCCUCCAUCCUCUGUUGGCCAUGUUGUUUGAAGCCCUAAACACAGACGGAGCACGGACCAUUGGCUACGACAUGAAUGAGUUCUUGGAGUGUUUGCCAGAGAGCCGGGAAGGCUCCCUGGAUGGCAACUGGUCCGCCGAUGCUAAGCAGGGAGAGGAGAACAGUGUCCCUUCCUCCUACCGGCAAGUAUGGGAAAUGUUUGCCAACCAGUCCAGUGGUGAAAGAGACACCUUUCUCCAGGGCGAGUUCCCCCAGGGCUUCCUCUGGGGUGUGGCCACGGGUCCAUGGGGUGCAGGGGCUGAGGACAAUAAGAGCGAGACCCUCUGGAACGGUUCCUCACGUGGGGGCUGUGCCCCUGGUGCUGCCACCCCAGACGUGGCCAAAGACAGCCAGCAUGAGGCGGAGCUGGACGUGGCUCUGCUGCAGGAGCUGGGUGCCCAGGUGUACAAGUUCUCCAUCUCCUGGGCGAGAGUCUUUCCCCAAGGAGACAAGAGCCACCUGAACCACCGGGGUGUGGACUACUAUGACCAGCUGAUCGACCGCCUGCUGGAGGCAGACAUCGAGCCCCUGGUGACCCUGUACCACCGGGACCUCCCACGGGCCCUGCAGGACCAGGGUGGCUGGCGGAAUGAGAGCAUCGUGGACGCCUUUGUGGAAUAUGCGGACUUUUGCUUCUCCACCUUUGGGGACCGGGUGAAGCUGUGGGUGACCUUUCACGAGCCCUGGGUGGUCCGCCAUGCCAGCUAUGGCAAGGAGCAGCAUGCACGGGGAGCCUCCGACUCGGGGGAAGCCCAGUUCGAGGUGGCCCACAGGAUCCUGAGGGCUCACGCCAGGGCCUGGCACCGCUACAACAGCCAGCACCGCCCCAGGCAAAGAGGGCAGGUGGGCAUCGUUCUGAAGUCAGACUGGGUCGAGCCCCUCUCCCCCGCAGAGCCUGAAGACGUGGAGGCCGCCGAGCGCUACCUGCACUUCACGCUGGGGCUCUUGGCCCACCCGCUGUUCGUGGACGGCGACUACCCCGCAGUUCUGCCAGACUGGCUCCAGCAGCACUCCCAGCGCUGCCCCGGCUCACCCGUGCAGCUCCCUCCCUUGUCUGCGGAGGAUAAGCUGCUGCUGCAUGGUGCAGCCGACUUCCUUGGCCUCUCCCACUCCACAACCCUGCGGGUUGGUGCGGCCCGGGAUGGAGCCUGCGGCCUUGACCCCGCUGGCCUUGGGGGCUUCUCGAAGCCCAUGGACCCCGUGUGUCCCCGGACUGUGGCGCCUUGGACCCGGGCUGCGCCUUGGGGGCUGAGGCAGCUACUGCGGUUUGUGUCGCGGGAAUACACACAGGGAACCAUCCCCCUCUACCUGAUCAGCAACGGCGCGCCCUCGGAGGACCAGCUCGAAGGCCCAGAGAGAGUGGAUUGCCUCCGGUGGUACAUCAACGAGGCCCUGAAAGCAAUCAAGCUAGAUGCGGUGUAUGUUCGCUCCUACAUUGUGCAGCCCCUUGAGGACAGCUGCGAGGGCCUGCCUGGUUUAAGCCCGAGGUUUGGACUGCACCACGAGAACUUUGCUGAUGGCAGCAGGCCUGGGAUGCCUCAGGCGUCUGCCUAUUCCUUCUCCAAUGUCGUUGCCCAGAAUGACUUUCCCCCGGCGGCCGGAAAAGUCCCGCCCGCCCCCCAGCAGCUCCCUAGCCAACCGCCGACCCUCAAGCUGCGGGCCUUGCCGGCCUCGGCGGUGCCUUCCAAAGCCAAGGUCGUCUGGGAACGGUUUUCCAGACAGAUGGAGUUUGAGCGAGACCAAUUCCAUCACGGGACCUUCCCCGAGGGAUUCCUGUGGGGCACAUCCACCUCCGCCUACCAGGUGGAGGGAGCCUGGGCGGCGGACGGCAAGGGGCCCAGCAUCUGGGACACCUUCACGCAUACACCAGGGAACGUGCACAACGACGACACGGGCGACGUGGCCUGCGACAGCUACCACAAGGUGGAUGAGGACCUGUUGAUGCUGAGGACACUGAAGGUCAAGGCUUACCGCUUCUCUCUAUCCUGGCCUCGCAUCUUCCCCUCGGGCCGGAACAGCUCGGUGAACGACGCCGGCGUCGCCUACUACAACCGACUCAUCGACGGCCUGCAGGCCAGUGGCAUCGCGCCCUUGGUCACGUUGCACCACUGGGACCUGCCCCAGGCUCUGCAGGACCUCGGCGGCUGGGAGAACCCGCUCGUCUCUGAGCUGUUCGACAGCUUCGCUGACUUCUGUUUCCGGAACUUCGGUGAUCGGGUGCGCUUCUGGAUGACAUUCAACGAGCCCAUGGUCCCAGCAUGGGUAGGCCACGGACUGGGGCUCUUCCCCCCGAACGUCCAGGACCCGGGCGAGGCACCCUACCGGGUGGCCCACGCCCUAAUCAAGGCCCACGCUCGGGUCUACCACACAUACGACACCAAGUACCGUGCCCAACAGAAAGGGCUGGUCUCGCUGAGCCUCAGUGCGGAUUGGGCAGAACCUCGAUCGCCCGACUCGCACAGAGAUGUGGCUGCGGCCGAUCGGGCCCUGCAGUUCAGCCUGGGCUGGUUUGCCCAUCCCAUCUUCAAGAACGGGGACUACCCGGAUGCGAUGAAGUGGGCCGUGGGGAACCGGAGCCAAUUGCAGGGUCACGCUGUCUCCCGCCUGCCGAGCUUCACAGAGGACGAGAAGCGCUACGUGCGUGGCACAGCCGACGUGUUCUGUGUCAACACCUACACCUCCAGGAUCGUCCGGCACCGGACGCCCCGGUUGAUGCCCCCGUCCUAUGCCGACGAUCAGGAGGGAGCCACCGAGCUGAAUCCAGCCUGGCCACCCUCGGCUCUCGAGGAACACCGGGCGGUGCCCUGGGGCCUCCGGCGGCUGCUGAACUGGAUCAAGGAGGAGUACGACAACCCCCCACUCUACGUCACCGAGAAUGGGGUGGGGCUGGAGGACGCCGGCCUGGAGGACACAUCCAGGCUGUAUUACUACAAAACAUACAUCAACGAAGCUCUGAAAGCUUCUAGGCUGGACGGUGUGGACCUGCGUGGCUAUGUGGCCUGGUCCCUGAUGGACAACUUUGAAUGGGUGAAUGGCUACCGGCCGAAGUUCGGGCUGUUCGCAGUCAACUUCACGGACCCAGCUCGGCCUCGGACCCCCAGGAUCUCCGCCUCCUUCUACACCGACGUCAUCGACGACAACGGCUUCCCGCCGGCUCGCGAGGACGAAUUUCGCUAUGGACAGUUUCGUCCGGACUUUGCCUGGAGCGCCGCAUCCGCCUCGUACCAGGUCGAAGGAGCCUGGAGGGAGGACGGCAAAGGCCUCAGCAUCUGGGACAAAUUCUCCCACACGCCACUGAGGGUGGCCAACGACGACUGGGGGGACGUUGCCUGCGACAGCUACCACCAGAUCGAGGCCGACGUGGCCGCCCUCCGAAACCUGGCCGUGUCCCACUACCGCUUCUCCGUGUCCUGGCCCCGUGUUCUCCCCGAUGGGACAACGAAGCAUGUCAACGAGGCGGGGCUGAGCUAUUACAUCCGGCUUAUUGAUGCCCUCCUGGCUGCCCACAUUUCCCCACAGGUGACCAUCUACCACUGGGACUUGCCGCAGGCACUGCAGGACGUGGGCGGCUGGGAAAACGACACCAUCGUGUCACGUUUCCGGGACUACGCCGACGUCCUCUUCCAGCGCCUGGGGGACAAGGUGAAGUUCUGGAUCACCCUCAAUGAGCCCUACGUCAUAGCUAACCUGGGCCAUGGCUACGGCACGGCCGCCCCAGGCAUCUCUUCCAGGCCCGGCACCGCCCCCUACGUGGUGGGCCACAACCUGCUCCGGGCCCACGCUGAGGCCUGGCACCUGUACAAUGAUGUCUAUCGGGCCCGGCAGGGCGGCCAAAUCUCCAUCACCAUCAGCAGUGACUGGGCGGAGCCUCGCAACCCUGCCAACCAGCGUGAUGUCGAGGCUGCCAGGAGAUACGUGCAGUUCUAUGGCGGCUGGUUCGCUCAUCCCAUUUUCAAAAACGGAGACUACAACGAGGUGAUGAAAACACGAAUCCGGGAGAGAAGCCUGGCAGCCGGACUCAGCAAAUCACGCCUCCCCGAGUUCACCGAGAGCGAAAAGAAAAGAAUCAGUGGCACUUUUGACUUCUUUGGUUUGAACCACUACACCACCAUCCUGGCCUCUGACCUGAACCUUCCCAUCUGGAUGAGCUCCUACGACGGGGACAGGGGUGUCGCUUCGACAACGGACCGCUCGUGGCUUGGCUCCGGCUCCUUCUGGCUGAAGGUGACUCCAUUCGGCUUCCGCAAGAUCCUCAACUGGGUCAAAGAGGAGUAUGGAAACCCCCCGAUCUACAUCACCGAGAACGGAGUCUCCGAGCAGGGGGACGAGGGGCUCCGGGACCCCUGGCGCAGCCACUAUCUGCGCAGCUACAUCAAUGAGGCGCUCAAAGCGGUGCAGGAUGGCGUUGAUCUGCGCGGCUACACCGUCUGGAGUGUGAUGGACAACUUUGAGUGGGCCAGGGGCUUCUCGGAGAGAUUCGGCUUGCACUGGGUCAACUUCUCCGACCCCUCCCUCCCCCGGAUCCCCAAGGACUCGGUGCGCGUCUAUUCGACCAUCGUCCGCUGCAACGGCUUCCCCGAUCCGACCGGAGGCCCGCACCCCUGUCUCUCUCCCGGUCCUGAGGGGAGCUCCGCCCCUUCGGGCAGUCCCGCCCCCUCUGCCAGCCCUGCCCCUGCAGAGAGGGUACAGUUUUUGGGUCUGGAGAUCGACGUCGCCAGCGCCAGCACGGCUUUGUACGUGCUGUUCAGCCUGGCCAUUGGUGGGGCCUUGGGGCUUGCGUUUUUGACCUACAAAUACUGCCGUGCUGCUCGCCGCCACACUCCACCUCCCAGUCUCCAGGAGCUGAGUAAGAUGUGACAUAGUCCCCCCGCCCCCUCCCCAACCAAGGAGGAGCUGCCCACAGAUGCUCCCCCAGAACCCAGCCUGCCUCUCCCCAGCCACGGUCCCUGCCUCUGUUCCAUACAAACUUGCCCGUGGCCCAAACCCUUGAGGAACUGCCCCCUUCCUAGCAGAGAACUGCCAAGGAAGCAGAUUCCCAGCUCCCUGGAGAGAGGAGAUAAGCCAUGCGGUUUUUAGUGGGGUGAGGUCUCUCCUUGGGGAAUGUGUGUGCACGCCUGAGUCUGAGUGGAUAAACUUCCUGGCCCUUGGUUCUCUGCACUAUCCCUGGCUAUUGCCCUUCACCAUAAUCAGCUUAAAGCUCAGGAUGAGUUUAGAUGCUAAAAUCACAGGCUUGAUGGUCCUGGCUGUCUUAUCUGCCUUGAGUGAGCAUUAAACUGACCUAAGGCAAAA